UCCGGUAGUACUGGCUGGCGGCUCCCUGCUUGCUGCCCCCUCGCGUAGUAGCUGGGCUCGGUGGGGCCGCAGGACCCCCACAUUCCCUCAGCCGGGCGCAGCGGCGCAGGGGGCGGCCCGGCCGCCCCGCGGUUCCAGCGCGCGGGCGUGGCUGGGGUCAGGGCCCGGAAGGUGCCGCCCUCCGUCGGCCGGGCUCGCCUCCCGGCGCCGCCCAGCAGCAGCGACCGGGAGGGAGCGCAGUAGAGUUGGGCUCCGCGCAGGGCUGGGCGCCGGGGCCCAUGCCCGUGCGCCCCUGCGGGCCCGCGCCAUGGCCUCCGGGAGCGUGGCCGAGUGCUUACAGCAGGAGACCACCUGCCCCGUGUGCCUGCAGUACUUUGUCGAGCCCAUGAUGCUCGACUGCGGCCACAACAUCUGUUGCGCCUGCCUCGCCCGCUGCUGGGGCGCGGCGGAGACCAAUGUGUCGUGCCCGCAGUGCCGGGAGACCUUCCCGCAGCGGCACAUGCGGCCCAACCGGCACCUGGCCAACGUGACCCAGCUGGUGAAGCAGUUGCGCACGGAGCGGCCGUCGGGGCCCGGAGGCGAGAUGGGCGUGUGCGAGAAACACCGCGAGCCCCUGAAGCUGUACUGCGAGGAGGACCAGAUGCCCAUCUGCGUGGUGUGCGACCGCUCGCGCGAGCACCGCGGCCACAGCGUGCUGCCGCUCGAGGAGGCGGUGGAGGGCUUCAAGGAGCAAAUCCAGAACCAGCUGGACCACCUAAAAAGAGUGAAAGACUUAAAGAAGAGGCGUCGGGCACAGGGGGAGCAGGCACGAGCUGAGCUCUUGAGCCUGACCCAGAUGGAGAGGGAGAAGAUCGUUUGGGAGUUUGAGCAGCUGUAUCACUCCUUGAAGGAGCAUGAGUAUCGCCUCCUGGCCCGUCUCGAGGAGCUAGACUUGGCCAUCUACAACAGUAUCAAUGGUGCCAUCACCCAGUUCUCUUGUAACAUCUCCCACCUCAGCAACCUGAUCGCCCAGCUGGAAGAGAAGCAGCAGCAGCCCACCAGGGAGCUCUUGCAGGACAUCGGGGACACGUUGAGCAGGGCUGAAAGAAUCAGGAUCCCUGAACCCUGGAUCACACCUCCAGAUCUGCAAGAGAAAAUCCACAUUUUUGCCCAGAAGUGUCUGUUCUUGACUGAGAGUCUGAAGCAGUUCACAGAAAAAAUGCAAUCAGAUAUGGAGAAAAUCCAAGAAUUGAGAGAGGCCCAGUUAUACUCAGUGGAUGUGACUCUGGAUCCAGACACGGCCUACCCCAGCCUGAUCCUCUCUGAUAAUCUGCGGCAAGUGCGGUACAGUUACCUCCAGCAGGAUCUGCCCGACAACCCUGAGCGGUUCAAUCUGUUUCCCUGUGUCUUGGGCUCUCCAUGCUUCAUCGCUGGGAGACAUUAUUGGGAGGUAGAGGUGGGAGAUAAAGCCAAGUGGACCAUAGGUGUCUGUGAAGACUCAGUGUGCAGAAAAGGCGGAGUAACCUCAGCCCCCCAGAAUGGAUUCUGGGCAGUGUCCUUGUGGUAUGGGAAAGAAUACUGGGCUCUUACCUCCCCAAUGACUGCCCUCCCCCUGCGGACCCCUCUCCAACGGGUGGGGAUUUUCUUGGACUAUGAUGCUGGUGAGGUCUCCUUCUACAACGUGACAGAGAGGUGUCACACCUUUACUUUCUCUCAUGCUACCUUCUGUGGGCCUGUCCGGCCCUACUUCAGUCUGAGUUACUCGGGAGGGAAGAGCGCAGCUCCUCUGAUCAUCUGCCCCAUGAGUGGGAUCGAUGGGUUUUCUGGCCAUGUUGGGAAUCAUGGUCAUUCCAUGGAGACCUCCCCUUGAGGAGGUGAACUCAGGCCAAAAGGGCCAUUGGCCAUACUUCUACCCGAGGCAUAGGGCAUCCUGUCGCCUUGCCACUUCUGCCCAUCACAGCUGGAUGUCCUUACCACUUUCCGUGCCCUGCAGUGCAAGACAGGAUGUCCAUGUCUCUGCCAUCCCCUCCCUUCCCACGAAAAUUGUGAGAUGUAAUGAGAAGUAUCAAGUUUGCCCAGAAAUAAAAACCAGAUGUCCACCUCCAGUGUUCCACACUUCUUGGUCUUACACAUUACUGGAGGGGAUAAAGAAUAUGGAUAAUCUUGGGUUUGGAGAGCCAUUCAAGAUACUUACACCUUGGCUCAGCCCCACAUAGUGACCGUGGGUAUCUGCUGUCAUUUCUGAACUAGGGCUUCUUUCAAAGAGCCUAGAACUGGACGACAAAGUCCUGUCAGCAUGGCUCUCUUUGUCCCAGUUUUUCCUUCUGGGAAUAGUACCUCUACCCCUGAUUCCCAGUCUGUCGUAGUUUUAUUAACUCCAUUAAAGAGGCCUAUGUAUGUUUUGAUUAGUUACAGUUAUUUUAUAGUAAUGGUGGGAAAUGGCCCCACCUCUGUUAUGAGAUAAUGUUCUAAUCAAUGUGCUCUUUGCCUCUGUCUUUUUGAGGGCUUUGUCAGCUCCCUUCAUUCUAAUGAAAAGUGUAUCCUGGUGCUGGAUGCACAUCAUCGGGGAUAAUUUUCUGCCCAGUACCAUCCAUUGUUCCUACGUCCCCUUCCACUCACAUUUGUGGACUGACGGUCAGUCAUACACUAUCCCUGGAAGGAUUCUGGGGCAGUAUUCCAGGGAUUCAUUGACUUGUGUCUCCUUUUCUCCCAUCUCCUUUGAGGGAUGGGGAAAUUUACCUUUCUAAUAUGUGUAUCAUCAAGGGGCAGUUGCAUCCCCAUGGCCAUUGGAUCACAAGGCGUUCUGAGGUCAUAAGGCAGAUCACUUUGAGCAAGCCCCACGAUGGUUCUUAGUCCUACUUCUCUUUGGGUACAUGCUCCUCUGUUUGAAAAUAAAUAGACCCAGUGCUUUCGGAGCAGCAGCUGAACGAAUUUUUAACAGCAGCAUCUGGAGCAGUGAUAAGCAGCCUUGUUGAAUUCAGCAAAACUACUUCCAGUUUGAACUGUGAUGUACUACAAGAGUGAAUCUUAACAAUGCUGAGUGAAAAAAAAAGUCAAAAAACUAUCUUACAAUACCGUUUUAAUAAUAUGGACAAAAGGAUUGUGGUUACCAAUGGGGUGUGUGGGAGGAUGGGAUAGAUAGGAGGAGGGUAUGAGUUGACCUGUUUUGUACUGUUUCAUCUGAUUCUUGUGGGUGGUGGGUUUAGAGGUAUUAAAAACAAUUUUUUUUUAACCUGACAUUUUGAAUGAAGUUAAAUGAACCUUGUAAAUGAUUCUAAAUUUUCUCAUCUGCAGAAAGGUAAGCAUUUGAACGAACAUUGAGUCACAAUAUGGACCCCUUUAGGCAAACAUGGGGCCCAGUAGCCCUGUUUUGGCUCCUCUCAGGUUCUUUCCUGAGAACAUUUGAGGUGGUUAAUUACACACUAGCCCUUCAACAACUCAUUCUUUUGUUGUUUUGCUGCCCCGCGAAAAUUGUGUUUGUCUUCAGCUUCUCUUGUUUUUUUCUGAUACUGACGUGGCAGAUACAGAAGAGCAUCUUCCCCAAGAGCAGGCAAGACCUAGAAGGGACAGGUUCAGAGAAUUGGAACUGGGCAUGGCCCCUGCCAUCCAGGAUAUGCAAUUGAGAAGAUGAGAGAAUAUACAUAAUUGCCUUAAAGGCAGCACUUAAAAUCACUAAGAAAUUAAGAGCAAAGCUAGCAUAUAGGAAAUAGAUUUGUUAACACCUUCAGUUAUCUGUGAUCCUGACCAAAGUAUUGAAAUCACACAUAUCCCAGCAAAAUAAAAAACAAACUCGGAAGGUUCUUAGCAUACCAAUGGUGAGUUGGUUGCUUCCUCACAAAUGGGAGACAAUGAUUCUUUGAUUUGAAUACACAAAUAACCAGUGUUAGGUACCCCAGCUAAACUUGGCUAUUGAGAAUACAAGAGAACGUGACUCUGUCCUUGGAAAAGUUAAUAAAGUCAAUUAAGAGGAGAAAAAAA